UCUAGUAAAACGUUGCCUAGUUAUAUUAUACUAUUUGGGACGUUUGUCUGGAGUGUUGAACUUCGAGAUCGAUCUGAAAACAGGAAGAAGUCGGGUCACCAAACGAGCUACAAUAUCAGCAGCCAUUUCCCACCUGUGUCUGAUGUUGGUUAUGUGGUGUCAGAUGACUAGAACUCGGUUUGUAACUCAAGGAUUGUUUAAAACGAACUCUUUUCAGGGAACUUUGCUAAUUAUUAUGGCGAGCGUUCGGAUGAUUUGUGUUUUGCUAUCUAUGGCUUGUCGGUGGUUUCAACGCCCGAUAUACAUGAAACUAUUUAACUCGAUUUACCGGCUCUAUAGAAAAAAUCCGGAGAUAAUUCGGUACUGCCGUAGGAGCAUCGUAAGCAAGUGCUUUUGUGCAAUAACAUCCGAACUACUUCAGAUUAUAAUUAUUAUUAUAAUAUGUGCAAACCGCCUAAGUUUUUCUGUGGCAUUAAGCAUUUGGUGCGUGUUUUGCUUGACGUCUACAGUAAAUGUUAUUAUAAGCCAGCAUUUUGCAGCCAUAGCCAUAAUUCGGGGACGCUAUACCCUUAUAAAUAAGAAUAUCCGAUCCGCUCUAGCCGACAUUCAACCACUUAUACCCAACAACAGCGGAGUCUUUAUGACCAAAUGUUGCCACCUGGCUGAUAUAUUCGAGGAUAUGGCUCGAGCCCAGUCGCACUUACAAAAGCUCACUGAAUGCUUAUCCAGGACCUAUCGAGUUCAGAUCAUCUGCUUGUUCAUUAUGUACUAUCUAAACCACGCGGGAAUUUGCUACUUUAUGUUCUCUAUAAAAAAAUAUAGUUUGAUAACAACAAAUUGGCCAGGAAUUACUUUAGUUGGUGCCGUAUUACACUUAACAUUUUAUUACUUGGACUGCUGGCUUAACCUGUUUAAUAUCUUCUACCUCAUAGACAGCCAUUAUGAGAUGGUUAAGUUACUGAGUCAACGAACCCUCUUUCAGCCAGGAUUGGAUCAAAGGUUGGAGGCAGUUCUUGAUAGCUUUAUCCUGAACCUGGCCCGCAAUCCAUUUAAGCUUAAUGUUCUUGGCUUAUUUAAGAUCGAUCGUUUGGCAGCAUUUGCUGUGGCGAACUCAUUGCUAACACACUCAAUUCUAUUGAUACAAUAUGAUGUAGAACAUCAUAAAAACUGGAAGAUAUAAAGAACUAAU